AUGAAUAACAAUGGAGACAGAACAUCCUUGCUUCAGUUCUUGGAAUUCAAUACCUAUGUCAAAGACGGUGACGAAGACUUCAACUCGUAUGUAGACCGUUUUGACCAUUACUGGAAAGUCACGCAAAUUGAAGAUGGCAAUUUGAAGAAAUCCACUUUCAUCACUGCCCUUGGAAGUCGCCUGUACAAGACCCUCAAGGACCUGCUGUUGCCUGCUACACCAGAGAACAAGUCGUUUGAGGACGUGGUCAGCGUCUUGAAGGAGCACUUGGCGCCAGUUAGCCAAGUAAUAGCUAGGAGGUUCAAGUUCAAUCGCCGGCACCAGCUCGAAAUGGAGUCCGUCUCAGCGUUUGCCAUUGAACUAAGACACAUGGCUGCGAAGUGCACAUUCGGGACUUUUCUGGACGAUGCGCUACGUGACCGCUUUGUUGUGGGGCUCCGAAACGUGGCCAUUCAAGCAACGUUGCUCAAAAGGAAAGAGCUCAACUUCGAAACAGCGUGCGACUUGGCAAAAGCAGCAGAACUCGCCGAAAGAGAGUCGAAGAGCUUCCGAUCGUCCAAUGGAAAUUUGCGAAUGGACGAAGCCAUCCACGCUGUCAGCAAGAAAGGCCAUCUACAACAAAAACCUAGGAUCUACGCUAAACUGCCUCGGAAGCCAGAACUGACAAAGUGCCUUCUCGAACUGCAAAGUUACGGUGGCACGCCACUCGAGACGACAGGACAGACACAUGUAAGUGUCGAGUAUGAAACUCAAAAGAAAACUUUGCCAGUGAUCGUCGUUCCUGGAACUCAGCCAUGCCUACUAGGGCGCGACUGCCUUGUGCAGCUCAAAUUGAACUGGAAUCCCGUUUUCAACGUGGAAGCGGAACAAAAAGUAAAAGUCCUGCUGCAGAUGUACCUUGACGUGUUCAGCCCGCAAGUUGGUUUGAUAAAGGGCUAUGAAGCGAAAACAGUUUUGAAGGAAGAGGCUCAUCUGGUCUUCUGCAAUGCUCGUCCUGUUCCCUAUGCACUGAAAAAUGUUGUUGAACAGGAAUUGCUCGCACUCAAGGACAGAGGCAUCUUGCAGCCAGUCAUGCAGAGCGACUGGGCCACACCACUUGUAGUCGUCUCAAAGCCUGAGCACAAGGAGAGGCUAUGCGGCGACUAUAAAGUCAUGUUAAACUCUUUCAUAAAGACUGAACACUACCCAUUGCCACUCGUAGAGGAUAUCUUUGCAGUACUGUCUGUUAAGGACAAGAUGCUGAAGGGACUGGAAGGAGUUGUGUGCUACCUGGAUGACGUCCCCAUAGCUGAAGCAUCUAUCGAGGAAUGCCAGAACUGGGUUGAAGCUGUGCUCGCAAGGUUUCAGCUCCACAGAGUUGCAAGACAAAUGUAA